AGCUUAGAAGAAAUGGAGCCCUUUAUUGUCUUGGUGACAACUCUUAUGAUCUUACUCGUCGGAAAUUUUUCUUGUGGAAUUUUACCUGUGUUUUUUAUCAAAAUCGUCGGGUAUUCAUAUGAAACUGAAGACGCUUCGAGGAGAAGGAGUAAAAUCCUAGCUUUCUUUAUAUAUUUCAGUGGAGGUGUUCUUAUUUCAACUUGUUUUAUGAGCCUGCUGCCUGCUUCAAGAAAGGAAUUCGAGAAACAUGAAAUAAAGCUGCAUAAAAGUGAAGAAAAUAUACCUAUGACAGACAGGAAUGAACAUGUCCAUCAUGAAGGCUUUCCCUUGCCAGAAUUUGUCAUUUUGUGUGGAUUUUUUGCUGCUUAUAUGAUUGAGGAAAUCAUAUGCUUUGUUAUGUUUCGUUUUCUUAAAAAUGAUGAAGCUGAAAAUACCAAAAUGAGAUUCUGCAGCUGCGCCAAAAGACAUACAGAAUGCAGCCGGACAUUUAAAGUCCUAAAGCCAGAUCAAACGUUAUUUGGAUUGGAGAAGAAGAAACUUUUACCACCUGAAGCAGCUUCAGUAGCUUCAGGCGGAGGAGAGUGUUCAGGGUUUAAUAGGUCUAUGGAUAAUGCAAAAGGUCUUAUACGAUCGUCAAUAAUCGCUCAACCCGUACCUAAUUAUGGAGCUGUAUCCAAUUUGCUCGAAGAAAGGAGAAAUGAAGCGCCUCCUAUUAUAGUAGAAGGUGAAGGGGUACUUUCUAUUGUUCAAGACACAACAGCUACAGUGCAUCAAGUAUUACCCACAAAUAAUUUAUUUAUAUUUCUUUCUCUGUCAUUUUUUUCCCUUUAUCAGGGUAUGAUUACUGGACUUAAAACAUCACCAUCCUGGACAAUGUUGUCGCUCGUAUGUCUUCAGCAAUUCCUAAUUACUUUUGUUGUAGGGACAGAUAUUAUAACAUACAGUGACAAACUGCUGCAGGUUAUAAUUUAUGUAAGCGUGUUUUCUAUUAUGUCGCCGUCAGGAAUCUCAUUAUCGAUGUUUGCUAGAAACACUGUACUAGAGAUACCAGUUUUAGUUGGUGCACUAAUAAUUGGACUGACAUGUGGAAUUUUGUUGUAUGUUACAUUCUUUGAGAUCUUACACCGUAGAACUAUUCUUGGAGUACAUGGUGUACCAAAAUUUUUUGCAGUGACAUUUGGGUCAGGUAUUAUGGCAGCCUUACAAUAUGCUUCUACAAAUUAUUGAUGAGCUGGAGAGUUUACGAAGGACUGACUGCCAUCCAUCAAAAAUGAGAGCUCUCUGGAUAUAUGGAUUAACUUUUAAUACAUUUAUGUUCCAGGUUCUCUCCAUUGAGAAACGCACACAUAGUUGUACAAAUAAAUGAGCAGAACUUAAGAUGUAAACCAGGUAAAUUAUGUUGAUAGAUGAGAAUUCAUCCUUUAAUUGGCAUUGAUUUUAUACAAAAUCUUUACGCAUUUUUAAAUUUUAAAGAGGUUUUAUGAAAAAUCAUUGUCAACUGAAGGCUGAAAUUUGAUUUUACGAGUAGAAUGCUCUCUUAGUUUCACAGGAGAUUCUUAUAAGGAGGUUACUGAAAAUAUGAAAUUGCUAAUAACCUAAGUAUACAAAUUAGUUCUAUGGAGACAUGUUUAAAAAAAUUGUAAAUUUAACUAGCACAAAAAGACUUUGCAAAUCAAUGAUUAUACACUUUCUGUAAAACGACAUUUAUAUAGUUUUAUAAUACAUACAUGUAUAUAUAUAUAUAUUAUAAUAUAGAAUCUUUCACUUCUUUUGGAUCUUUAUGGAAAUGGUUCUAAAUUUUUUACUUUUUGUCUAUAUAUAUGGGCCUGUAAAAUUCCUAAAAUAAUUUUAAUUUGGAAGAUAUCAUUUAUUUAAUUCCUUGGAUUGCAGUCUAAAAGUAUAUCAAUGGAUUGAAUUUUUUACUUAAGUAAAUGAAAAUACUCACUUUUACUGAGUAACUUUUAACAUCCUUUUUUAAACUUACAUAAUUAUCCAUAUUUAGUACAAAUGCCAACUCCUACCAGUUUGCUUAAAAGACUAGCAAAGGAAGAAUAUAUGCAUUGGCUCUCAGAAAGUUCCUUUAUUUUUAUUACAGAUAAAAUAUGUAAAUUAACGAGGUAAAUAUGCAACACAGAUAUUUGUGGUAAUAAUAUAUUUACCAAUUUCUAUCACUUUCUUUAAUGCAAAAUGAUCUAUAUGUAUUUAAAAUGUGUCAUGAAAUAUGUAAAUAUGCAAAGAAUACAUUAAAUAAUAUUUAUCUAUUUUU